CAGAAACAGUCUUCAGCUGAGACGCGCAUCCAAUGAGCGCCUCCAAAGACUGCCCCCCCUCCAAAAAAGAGAUUGAGUUUCCAUAUUUUUUACACAUGCCGAAAAUGCAUAAAGUCCACAGAAGGCAGCAGUCGACUCCGCACACACAGGUGGAGAAUGGGAAUGGGUCAUGACCAGGAGGAGUUUGCACUGAGUGGACUUGCACGACCUGCAUUGUUUUAGAAUCCUGCGCAUUGGAAUAUACUCUUCAUCCUGAUCUGUGGCUCUCACCGCUUCCAUUGAGCUUGCAGAUUAAAUAUCGUUUUGUCUUCUCUGAUGGUCAUUGCAUUCUUUAUUGAAUGCAAACAUCGUCAUGUUUAUCAGAACAACUUUUCUCCUCUACUUUGUGGUCUCACUCUCAAAACUUGUCCGUUGCAUGGAAAGUGAACUUUGCUUUCCUAUUAGAUUGGAUAACCACAACCAAGACAGGAGGGAUUUUGACAACGACGCGGAUAUCCUUAAUGGAAAAUGUGUCCUAAAAAUACGAGCUUUCCAGCAGGAGUUAGAGAUCGAUUUACACCAGGACUCGAACUUCAUUGCCCCUUCCAUUUCUAACCAUGGCGCAUUUUGGCUCUCCAACACCGAUGUCACCACUGACCUGAGCCGGUGUUUUUACUCCGGAUAUGUGAAUACUGACCCACUUUCUUAUGCUGCUUUGAGCCUCUGUAAGGGUUUACAAGGUGCUUUUGGCUUCCAAGGCUGGGAAUAUUUUAUCAGACCGGUGCAAAAUGACACCACAAGCGCAGAAGGUGCGCACAUCAUCCGGCGCAGAAUCAGCAACAACCUGAAGCUCAAUUCAACCUCUAGGUGCGCAGUGAACAGCGACAUAAAUCUACAGGUUGCGCAAUCGUUGGAGAAAUACAAGCGACUAAUAGAUUACAACAAUGUGACCGAAACGAUGCUGAAGAGGAUGGGGAGAACCAAAAGGUUCGCUUCAAUCCCCAGGUACGUUGAGACGCUCGUGGUGGCAGACGAGUCCAUGGCGCAGUUCCAUGGAGAUGACCUAAAACACUACCUCUUGACACUGAUGUCAGUGGCAGCGAGGCUCUACAGACACCCCAGUAUUCUUAACUCUAUCAGCAUCGUAGUGGUGAAGAUCGUGAUUAUAUCCGAAGAGGACAAAGGACCCAAGGUGUCCGGGAACGCAGCCAUGACGCUGCGAAACUUUUGCACUUGGCAAAAAAAGAUGAACAAAAACAACGACAAGCAGCCAGACUACUGGGACACAGCAAUCCUUUUCACAAGACAGGACCUGUGUGGAGCCUCCACCUGUGACACUCUUGGGAUGGCGGAUGUGGGCACCAUGUGCGACCCCAAGAGGAGCUGCUCUGUGAUCGAAGACGACGGCCUACCUUCGGCCUUCACCACUGCUCACGAGCUUGGACACGUGUUCAACAUGCCACACGACAAUGUGAGGGCCUGUGAGGACGUGUUUGGGAAGCUGCAAGACAACCACAUGAUGUCUCCCACUCUCAUUCAGAUCAACCGCACCAACCCCUGGUCCCCCUGCAGUGCUGCUAUCAUCACUGAAUUCCUGGACAGUGGGCACGGUGAAUGUUUGCUUGACCAACCACAGAAACCAUUGGUCCUCCCUGACGUGUUGCCGGGAACAUCUUACGUCCUCAACCGUCAGUGUGAGCUUGCGUUUGGAGAAGGCUCCAAGCCCUGUCCCUUUAUGCAACCACCAUGCGGCCGUCUGUGGUGCACAGGAAAAUCCAAUGGCCAUUUGGUGUGUAUGACUCGGCAUUUCCCCUGGGCAGAUGGUACCCACUGUGGGGACAAUCGGGUUUGCGACCGAGGGGUCUGCUCUGACAAACAUGUUCAAAAUGUGAAGGUGGACGGCCGCUGGGGGAAGUGGGGCCCGUUUGGUUCCUGCUCACGCACGUGCGGAGGUGGUGUCCAGCUGUCUAAAAGAGAGUGUAACAACCCAGUUCCAUCAAAUGGGGGUAAAUACUGCCAAGGAGUUCGGGUCAAAUACCGCUCCUGUAACCUGAACCACUGCCCUGACACAGGUAAUACUUAUCGUGAGGAGCAGUGUGCGACCAGUGGCCGCAGUUUCAACAGUAACCGCAUCGACCCCUCUGUGGUGUGGGUACCCAAGUACUCUGGAGUGUCCACCGAUGACAGGUGUAAACUCAUCUGCAGGGCUAAUGGUACUGGCUACUUCUAUGUCCUGGCGCCCAAGGUUGUGGAUGGGACUCCAUGUUCCCCAGACUCCACAGGAGUGUGUGUCCAGGGGAAGUGCAUUAAGGCUGGCUGUGAUGGAAAAAUUGGCUCCACCAAGAAGUUUGAUAAGUGUGGAAUCUGCGGAGGUGAUAGCAAGGGCUGCAAAAAGGUGUCGGGACUCUUCACAAAGCCUGAGCACGGCUACAACUUUGUGGUCAUGUUACCAGUGGGUGCAGCCAACAUUGACAUCCGUCAGCGAGGGUACAAGGGAAUGAGGAAUGAUGACAACUAUCUGGCGGUUAAAAACAGCAAGGGCCACUACCUGCUCAAUGGGAACUACGUAGUGUCAGCUGGAGAGAGGGACAUCAUCGUAAAGAGAAGCCUGCUGCGCUACAGCGGCACAGCCGGCCUUUCCGAGACCCUGCAGGCCAUGAAGCCCUUGGGAGAAUCCCUGACUGUUGAGGUGCUGUGUGCAGGCCAGAUGACGCCGCCUCGCAUCCGCUACUCCUUCUACCUCGCCCGUCAGACCAAGGAGGACAAGACUCUGAAGAAGGAGGGGCGUGUAAACUCCCAUAAUAGUGUCCUGGCUGAGGAUAGUGUCAAGGAGAAGGGGGGAGACGCCCUGAAGAAGUCUUAUAGCAAGGAGGAUCCCGCUCUUGGGAAAUGGAUAUCCACAGGUUGGGACAAGUGCUCAGUGACCUGUGGCAGUGGGAUCCAGAGGAGGAUGGUGCAGUGUCUGAGACCAGAUGGAAAGCCAGGGUUGGACUGUGAUCCUUCACAAAGACCCUCAGCCACCAGAGUUUGUGGAGACCCUUGUCCUGAGUGGCAUAUUGGGCAGUGGUCCCCUUGCUCCAGAACCUGUGGGAAGGGUUUCAAGAGACGACCGUUGCACUGCAAAACCCAAACUGGGCAUCUGCUCCCAAGGGACCACUGCACUGGCUUACGCAAGCCACAGGAGCUGGACUUCUGUAACCUAAGGCCAUGCUAGUGACUAAAACCUAUAAACUACAAAUCAUUGUCAUGUUUUAAAUGGACUAAAUUGAAUCCACCUGCAAGUAUCACACACACUGUGGCUGUCAGGUGCAGAUUUUUCCACCUGCAUCAUGGGACACUUGCUUGGAAGAACAACAAAAAUAUUGGGAGGAAAGUAAAAGCUGCAGGAUAAAGGCUAGAAGAUUAUUUUUCACUAUCACCCUGACUUGAAAAGACAUAUCUAGGUCUAACUCUGAUGGCAAAAUAUCAUGAUAGAAGGUCAGAUAAAAUGUAGUUGAAUCCCUUGUACUGUCAGCAGAUACAGAAUGUCCAUUUGCAAGCAAUCAAUCUAGUCUACCUUGGGAGUCUGGAAUCCAUUCCAUGUCAUACUACUUUAACUGUUCAGGUUUCAAAGUUUUAGUUGAGCCUUGAUAAAUACAUCAGUGAAGCCUUCUGGUUUUCAAACAUGACUCCAUUAAUUUUUCAAAAAAAGCAAAUAUACCAGGAUUAUUUUUUACAAACUGGACUAAAACGCAAUGCCAAUAAUGCCAGUAACAACCACUGCAUUUGUUAACAUGUUCUACUCCUAAAACUUUCACAGAAACAAAGAAAGAAAAUGACGAUGCAGCCAGCAUUUCUCCUCCAAACCUAGGAAGCUGUAGACAUUGAUUUUCUGCAGACUUCACUCAGCACCAUUCAUGGCAACAGUUUAAACUAUUUAGAAUCUGAGGUCACACUUGUGGCUUUAAUGACAGUUCUGACUAAACAAAGCAGGGCAGGAGACAAUGGCCAGUGAUCCCUGUCAGCUGGUGUGGCCACCAGCUAAGGGAUUUCAUCAGGCUACACCCAACACUGCACUGCUCAUCUGAGAUAAGGGUUUAACCUGAUAUCACACACACACACACAAUCACACACACACACACACACACACACACACACACACACACACACACACACACACACACACACACACACACACACACACACGCAGUGUUUAAUUCCCGCCACCUGUAUUCAGCGUGUUUGAUCGCUUACUUAAUUUCCUUUAUUAUUAAACUGCAACAAUUGUCUUCUCAGUUCACAGUGUUCAGCCAUGUUGAGUCAUGCCUGUCUGGCACAGUUACCACAGAUAAUUUAUUAUCAAUGAAAUGAUAAAGCAGAGAGGGGAAGAAACUGGCAAGCCCUCUGUUAUGCUGUACAGAAUGUGUGUUUUCCUGGAUCUCCUUGUUCAUGGCCUCACAGCCCAAGCCAAGCUGAACACACACACUCGCUGAAAUCCUGUAAUCCAUUAUAUUCUUGUUUUGUUUCUUAAAGGGGCCACACUGUCUAGUCCAACAUCCAACUACGGGAUGGAUCCUGCAGUUGUUAGAUUAUUAUUUUUAUUUUAUCAGCUUUUGCAUUUUGUACAGCAAAAGAAACCUAUGACCUAUAUGGGCUGUAUUGUAUACUAUGUAUAUAUUUAUUCAGCUCUGUGCAAAAAAUAAUGUAAAUACUUUUUAAAUCUUUUUUUACACAGGCAUUUGUAAUUGUCUUUGACUACCGUAUAUUUAUUCCAAAAAUAAAGCCAUUUAUGUACAGUUAUAA